UCUUCCUCAGGCUGGCUCCUGCACAGGGACCUCUGUCCACCCAUCUGCAAGGACCAGAUGUGCUCCUGAGCCUGGCCAGGCCCUGCCGCGUCAUGUUCAACCCUAUGAAUCCUCCAGUCACCAGCUAUGUUGAGCACUGCUACUUGCGGCCGCUCCAUGGACCAGCACCUGGCACCCCAGGGCCACAAGGACUUGACUUCUCCUUGUGCCAUCAGUCAAACCUCAUGGGCAGUCACCAUGGUUAUGGACUGGUGCCAGGCACCGAACACCCAGGCACUGGUGAUGGCUCACGGUUCUCAACACCCCGUGGUGCAGGCAAGCUGGGCAAGAAGCGGGCACUGUCCAUCUCGCCCCUGUCAGACUCUAGCAUUGACCUGCAGACGGUAAUCCGCACCUCGCCCAACUCACUCGUUGCUUUCAUCAACUCCCUCUGCGCUUCCGCCAGUGGCUCCUCCUGCCACCUCUCCAUCAGCACCAUCAGUCCAUCAUUGGGGUACCAGAGUCCACCGGGUCAGCAGAAAGGCCAAGGGCACCUGUUUGGCCACACUCCCCCACUGCCCCCAUGUAGCUCCCAUGAACAUCUGCCCACCCGUCCAGGACUGCUGCACCAUGCCUCUGCUCGUGGCACCCUGAAACACUGCCAGCUGAAGUUGGAGCGGAGCCUGAGCAGCCCUCUGACAGCCAAAUACCCAGAGGAGAGAUCCGAGGGUGACGUCUCCAGUCCAGCCUCCGCAGGCACCCAGGAUCCCUUGCUGGGGAUGCUUGACGUUCGGGAGGAUCUGGAGAAGGAGGAUGGGAAACCUGAAGCCGAGACUGUCUAUGAAACCAAUUGCUACUGGGACGGAUGUGCCAAGGAAUUUGACACGCAGGAGCAGCUGGUGCAUCACAUCAACAAUGAGCAUAUCCACGGGGAGAAGAAGGAGUUUGUAUGCCACUGGGCAGCCUGUUCCAGGGAGCAGAGGCCUUUCAAGGCUCAGUACAUGUUGGUGGUGCACAUGCGGCGUCACACAGGGGAGAAACCUCACAAGUGCACGUUUGAGGGCUGUAACAAAGCCUACUCACGCCUGGAGAACCUCAAGACACAUCUGCGCUCACACACGGGCGAGAAACCCUAUGUGUGUGAACACGAGGGUUGUAACAAGGCCUUCUCCAAUGCUUCUGACCGAGCCAAGCACCAAAACCGCACCCACUCCAAUGAGAAGCCCUAUGUGUGCAAGAUCCCAGGCUGCACCAAGCGUUACACGGAUCCCAGUUCCCUGCGCAAACACGUGAAAACUGUGCAUGGCCCUGACGCCCAUGUCACCAAGAAGCACCGAGGUGAUGUGGUGCCAGGCCGCGCACUGCUUGCCCCCAGCCUCCCUCCUGACAUGAAGCAGGAGAAAGACACCAAUGGCCCUAGCGAGGCCCGGAAGGAUGACAGCAAACUGUUGGUGCCUGACUUGGCCUUGAAGCCGCAGCCCAGUCCAGGUGGGCAGUCAUCAUGCAGCAGUGACCACUCCCCUCUUGGCAGCACCACCAACAAUGACAGUGGGGUGGAGAUGACCGGCAAUGCAGGCGGGAGCUAUGAGGAUCUGUCCACGUUGGAGGAGGUGGUGCCUGGGGAGCCCAUGGGCACCUCAGGACUCAUGGCCCUCCACAAACUAGAAAAUCUUCGCAUUGACAAAUUGAAGCAGAUGAAGAAGCCAUCAGCUACCAAAGGCCUUAACUUGCCAGCCAUUCCCGGAGCCGGCCUGCCUGGGGAGAUGCCCGGGAUCUGCGUGCCACCCCCAGCUGCCUCACACCGCCGCAUCACAGAGCUGUCGACUGCAGAGCUGGGCUUGCUACCGAACGAGCGCCGGAGCAGUGGCCCCCCACCCACCCCACUACCCAGCAUGGAGCGGGUGGGCAUGGGUGGCCACAGCAGCUUACCUGGGGACCGCUUUGGGCCAGCCGUACCCUCCUUCUUGGCAAAUGGCUCACUGCGAAGGCAUAGCUCCAAUGACUACCCUGGCUAUGCAGGCAGUGUUCAUCCUCACCUGGUGCCAGGGAAUGGUAUGCGACGGGCCAGCGAUCCUGCCCGGACAGUGGCCAACCCCCAUGCUGUGCCCAAGGUGAAUCGUUUUAAGAGCAUGGGUAAUGUGAAUGUGCCAGGAGCAGGCAGAGUUGCCCUGCAGCCCUUGGGUGGUUCUGAUGCCAACCUACAACGCCAUGUCUUCUCCCCACGCCCACCCAGCAUCAGUGAAAAUGUUUUCCUGGAGACUGUGAGCGUGGAGGGCCCUGGCCCAGGCACAGAAUCUGGCUUGCUGGAGAUGGAACAGUACUUGAACUACCCUGCGGACAGCUUCCCAUGCCAGGGGACAGGCAUGGAGCUCCAGGGUGAAGGCCCCUAUGGCAGUGCUCGCCGAACCACGGGGGGUAUGCCAUUGAACCCAGGUGGGCACGGGGAUAUGGAGGAGGGCUUGCUUCAGUCUGAGUUCUCCCUCACUCAGUGCCAGAUGAAUCAGCACUUCAUGAGUAUGUGUGCUGUCAAUGGGACCAUUCCAGCUCCUUGGGAUGAGCCUCCCCAGGGCAACCUGGAGUUGAAUUCUGGGCAGCCGAGUGCUGGUGCCCCCACCACUCCCAUGUCUGGGGGACACUGUCACCAUCACAGUACUCAGUACCCACUACCGAGUGCUUGUGGGCAGCAACCCAAACUCGUGAGCACAUGCCAGGACAGUGGAUUUUCUGGCGGGCACCGGCUCAACCGACUGCAGAUCAAAUCUGAGCAGCAUUAUCCAGCACCUGCCCCAGCGCUUGCUCCCUGCCAGAACGCCAAACCCCCUGGGCCCAUGCAGCCUCCUGCAUCCUUUGGCCAAGCCAUGAAUGUGGGGCCUGGUGGCUACCAGUCUGAGGAGCAGGCACGUGUCAGUUACAUGGGCAUGUUGAGCCCAGCGGGGAGAAGAGCCCAGACCCCCACCCUGCAGGCCAAAGAAGUGAUGGUCCGUAGCUAUGUGCAGGCCCAGCAGGCUCUGAUGUGGGGAGACCAGCUAGCUUCCAAGGGAGGGGAGGCAGGUAUGGGGCUGGGCAGCGAACCUGGACAGUGCCAAGCCAUGCAAGCACCACCGUACCUCAGCCCCAAGUACUCUGGUUAUCAAGACAAACCGGACCACCUGCAGGGUCUGGCAGAAAACCAGCACCUCUUAAGCCCCCCAUGCUUUAGCCCUGACAUGGUGCCACACCCGCCCAAUGGCCCCAAACCACCUGGGCACCAAAACAGUCUGGGCUAUGCAGCCAAUCUUGCAGAGCCAAGCCAUUCCUAUGAGGGGGUGGAAGCCAGCCCCCGGCGCCUACUUCGCUUGCCUCCUGUCCGCUCCGCACCUGAGGGGCCCAAUAAUCCCCUGCUAUAUUACCCAGGCCAGGGUACACACGUGGAGGUGGGCAAAGGUGGGCAUAAGCCUCUGGGUCAAAUGGCAGCAAGCUGCGGGGGUCCUGGGCAUUAUGGUGGAAACUUGGAAGAACUGAAGGGCAGCUCCUAUCCCUACCUGGAUUCGGGGGAGCAGGUGGCCAACAGCUUGGACUCGCUGGACCUGGAGAACACGCACCUUGACUUUGCUGCCAUUGUGGAGGAUUCAGAGGCACCUGCACUGCUACCUGGACCCCCAAGCCCUGCUGGUGGCCUCCUGCUUCCUGCAUCUGGCGGUGCCAACAUGGCUGUGGGUGACAUGAGCUCCAUGCUGAGCACUCUGGCAGGGGAGAGCCAUUUCCUCAACUCCCUGUCCUAA